AUGACCAUUAAAGAAGCAACGGCAACGGCACCAUCUUCCACCAACGCACCAGGAGAAGAUGUUGAGAUUCCCCUGACAACUGUGGUUGAGAUUCUUACAGAACCCAAUGCCCAGCAAAUGAACCACCGUGGUGAUGCCAUCCCCACCAUCACUCUACCGACAACAACAGCAACGGCAACACAAAAUGCACCGAUUCUCCAGUCCAUGGAACGAGAGGACGAAGACGAAAUUGUGGUUGUAGCGACUGUAACCAAGCCGACACCUAGCUUCCCUGUGGGCAUCAAUUUGAGGACCGAUCGCAAUGGCGAAGUUUUUGUCAGUCGUCUCAAUGGCAAUGGGCUCAUUGCUCAAUCCACCAACUUGGAACAAAGCAUGCGCAUCCUGUCAGUCAAUGGAGUCAGUACGGAAAACAAAACACCCCAUCAGCUACGAGAAGUGAUUGCCAAAGCCCCGGACCAAGUGACCAUUGUCGCUGCCAGGACCACUGGAAAGCAACAAACCGAUAGCAUCAGACAAAAAUCGGUAUGGUUGAAUGAAGAAUUGGCUCGCGCCAAAGAACGGGAACUGGGCAAUAAGGAGCGCUUUGACGAUAAUCUUUGUGGCAAUUGUUGCAUUGAUUGUUGCAUUUAUUGUCCGGCUGGAGGUUGUGACCCUCAUGGUCAGCACAGUUGUUGCCAAUUAUGCUGUCUGGGAUGUGAGAGUGGAUGUUCCGCAUUGGACAAUGAUUGCGAUUGUGAUCUUCUCUGUACAUGCUGUAAUUGCAUCUUGGGAUGUUUUGGUUGUGUCUUCCAGGUAUUGGGAGCUGUGUCAGUUUAG